GCCGCCGGUCCAGGCAUAGAUGCUGCUUGAAGUCCGCCUGCCCGCCGAGGCUGGCGUGGCUCCGCCCGCACCCUUCCUGUGCGAGGCGGCCAGCUCCGUCGCCGUCGAGGUCGCGCUGCGGGACGCCGUUGCGCUGAGCAACCUGCGCCGCCGGAUCUCUCGUGCGCUCGCGAGCCCGCAGCCGCACCGCCACGCCUCCACGAACGUGGAAGUGGCGGCGGGCCCGUCCCUCGAAAGCGGGGACUUCUCAACGGCGCGGGAGCUCCUCUCGCCCAGCAACGUUCGGCGCAAGGCCAUCUCGACCCGCGCAGCGCUGCUGCCUCUGCUGCGCUCGCUGGGCGGGGACGCCGACGCGGCGGCGCCGGGCGAGGUGAGCGAGGAGGGCGCGAGCCUUCUCUUCGCCGGCAAGACGCUCGAGGCCGACCGCCCCCUCUCUUCGUACUUUGGAGCCAACGACAAGUCAAAGGCGGUCGUCACGCUCUGCGCGCCGCCUCUCUCCCCAUCCCUCCGCCCAACGGACCUGGCGGCAGCCGGCGGCGGCGGCGGCGAUGGUGGCAGCAGCGACAGCGGCGGAAAGGAGGAGGAGGAGGGUGGAAAGGCGGAACCGCCUGCGCCGGUGCAGAGCAAAGCGGUCGGCGCUCGUGCGGGCGGCGGUGGCGGGGCGGCGUUGCCCGUUGGCGGUAUCAGGCACGCCGGGUUGGCGGGGGGAACGUGCGGGGAGGGCGGCGGCGGAGUGGAGGCGGCGGCAAUGGCGGAGGCAACGGCGGCGGGAGCGGCGGGGUUGGAGGCGGGGGCGGCGGAGGCGGCGGCGGUGGCGGCGGUGGCGGUGGCGGCGGGGGCGGGGGCGGCGGGGGCGGGGUUCGUGGGCAAGCGGGGGCUGGAGGAGGGAGGCGGGGAGGAGGCUGUGAGCCUGAGCAGCUUCUUCAAGCGCGCGCGCGCCACCGGGCCGCCGGGCGAGGGCGGCGGGACGGCGGGGGGCGGCGCGGCGGGGGGCGGCGCGGCGCGUGACAGCGCGCGAGAGGAGGAGGAGGACGAGGCGCUGCUCAGCGGCGCGCAGAUCGCUGCGCUGCGAGCGUCCAGCAAGCUGCGCGGCGCUCUCGGCUCGCGCGAGCUGCGCGAUCUCGUUCGCGAGAUUGACGGCGCGGCGACGCGCGAGCUCGCGCUGAAGCGGCUCGAGGCAGCGCUCGAGGACGAGCGCUUCCACGCCUUCUCUCAAGACGUGGUCGCGACGCUGAGGAUCGGGGGCUGACGAAAGGGGGGCGCUGUGUUCUUGAGGACGCGCGGCGUGUAUGACGUGUGUGGCGUGUGACGUGUGAGGGUGUCAGAGUCGCACAGGUCUUUGCAACCUUUGUGUUUUGAGUCUCGGAAGAAGUGCACCCGUUUCGUUUCUUACUCGUAUACGUA